AUGGCAGCCCUGGCAGCCAGUGUAUCCAAGAAACAGGCGGCUGCUGAAGGUCUUGGCUCCAGCCAGAAAGCUGUGAAGUACUUGGGUCAGGACUACGAGACCCUAAGGCAAGAGUGCUUGGAUUCAGGAGUCCUAUUUAAGGACCCAGAGUUCCCAGCAUGCCCAUCAGCCUUGGGCUACAAGGAUCUUGGACCACGCUCCCCCCAAACUCAAGGCAUUGUCUGGAAGCGGCCCACGGAAUUGUGUCCCAGUCCCCAGUUUAUCAUUGGUGGAGCCACGCGCACAGACAUUUGUCAGGGUGGACUAGGUGACUGCUGGCUGCUGGCUGCCAUUGCCUCCCUCACCCUGAAUGAAGAGCUGCUUUACCGUGUGGUCCCCAGGGACCAGAACUUCCAGAAGAACUACGCGGGAAUAUUUCGGUUUCAGUUCUGGCAGUAUGGAGAGUGGGUGGAGGUGGUCGUAGACGACAGGCUGCCCACCAAGAACGGGAAGCUGCUCUUCCUCCAUUCGGAAGAAAGGGAUGAAUUCUGGAGCGCCCUGCUGGAAAAAGCCUAUGCUAAGCUCAAUGGUUCAUACGAGGCUCUGUCUGGAGGGUCCACAGUGGAAGGAUUUGAGGAUUUCACUGGUGGCAUCUCUGAGUUUUUUGACCUGAGGAAGCCACCACCAAACCUGUAUCAGAUCAUCCGGAAGGCCCUCCGCGCAGGGUCUCUGUUGGCCUGCUCUAUUGAUAUCUCCAGCGCAGCUGAAGCAGAAGCCAUCACCACUCAGAAGCUGGUAAAGAGUCAUGCUUACUCUAUCACUGGAGUCGAAGAGGUGGAUUUCCAUGGCCACCCAGAGAAGCUGAUCAGACUUAGGAAUCCGUGGGGUGAAGUGGAGUGGACAGGAGCCUGGAGUGAUGAUGCACCAGAGUGGAGUUACAUAGAUCCGAGGCAGAGAGAAGAGCUGGUCAAGAGCGCUGAGGAUGGAGAGUUUUGGAUGUCUUUUCUGGAUUUCUUGAGGCAGUUCUCUCGGCUAGAGAUCUGCAACCUGUCUCCCGACUCUCUGAGCAGCGAGGAGGUGCAGAAGUGGGACUUGGUCCUGUUCAACGGCCGCUGGGCACGAGGCUCCACCGCUGGGGGCUGCCAGAACUACCCAGCCACUUACUGGACCAAUCCCCAGUUCAAAAUCUGCUUGGAUGAGGUGGAUGACGACCAGGAGGAGAAUGGCAGGGAGCCCUGCUGCACCGUGCUGCUGGGUUUGAUGCAGAAGAAUCGCAGGCGACAGAGGAGGAUCGGCCAAGGCAUGCUGAGCAUCGGCUAUGCCGUCUACAAGGUUCCCAAAGAGUUGGAGAGUCACACAGAUGUGCACCUGGGCCGGGACUUCUUCCUGGGCCACCAGGACCUGCGGGAGGUCUCGGGCCGGCUGCGGCUCCCCCCGGGGGAGUACCUGGUGGUGCCAUCUACCUUCAAGCCCUUCGAGGAUGGCGACUUCUGCCUGAGGGUGUUCUCGGAGAAGAAGGCCAAGGCUCUGGAGAUUGGGGAUGUGGUAGUUGGAAACCCAUAUGAGCCACACCCCAGUGAGCUGGAUCAAGAAGACAGCCAGUUCAGGAGCCUGUUUGAGAAGCUUGCAGGGAAGGAUUCUGAGAUCAGUGCCAGUGAACUCAAGAUGGUCCUGAAUGGAGUGUUUUCCAAACGAACAGACAUGAAAUUCAGUGGAUUCGAUAUCAACACUUGCAGGGAGAUGAUCAGCCUGAUGGACAGCGAUGGCACUGGCACCUUGGGGCUGGUGGAAUUCAAGAUACUCUGGUUGAAGAUUCGGAAGUAUCUGGAGAUCUAUCGGGAAGCUGAUGAUGACCACCUGGGGACCAUCGAUGUCCACGAGAUGAGGACAGCCCUCAAGAAGGCAGGUUUCACCCUCAACAACCAGGUGCAGCAGACCAUCGCCAUGCGAUAUGCCUGCAGCAAACUAGGUGUGGACUUCAACAGCUUUGUGUCCUGCAUGAUCCGCCUGGAGACCCUCUUCAAAAUGUUCAAGCUUCUGGACAAGGACCAGGAUGGUGUUGUCCAUCUCUCCUUGGCAGAGUGGCUGUGCUGUGUGUUGGUCUGACCCACGGUUUUGGACAUCGAGACACUUCCUGACAGUCUGCCUUUCUCUCUUCUCUGCUUCCUUGCAGUUGUGUGAACAUUUACCCUCAAGUGGCAGUUGUUGGUUAUCAU